GCUGGGACGAGGGAACGUGGGUGUAAAUAGACAGUGAACGCUCUUGGUCUCUCUUUCUCUCCCCCUCUCUCUCUCUCUUCUCUCUCCCUCCCCCUUAUCUCCUUCUCUCUGUCUCUCUUUUAUAAAAUCAAUGAACGAGUUAUUGGGUAGGACAUAAAUAUAAGGAAUCAAAGCCUCAACUGGGACCAACGGCAUCGCGCGCUUUUGAUAUGCGUCUUCGCCAAAUGCUACAUUGUGUUUUCACAUCAGUGUAAAUAUUGGCUUUGAUAAGACGGCAGCGGAAUCAGCUCUGGUACAGCGCGGUCUCGGAGCCAAAUUUUGACCAAGACUUCAACCAGCUUUUUUUUAAUUGUUUUUUUUUUCAACGUAAAAGCGAUUUUCCACCAUCGCCAUCUAUAGCUGCUGUCCUACCCAUCCCAACUCAGCGGCCGGUCCGAAGAUGGCAACUUUAACCAAUGGGCAGGUGGACGGCACGGUGCACGGUGUCGGGGUGGUCUCCGCCAGCACGAACGGGCUCGUGAACGGAUUAAGCCACAACCACAGCCCGGUGGGCUGCCCGGCCACCAUCCCCAUGAAGGACCACGAUGCUAUAAAACUCUUCAUCGGUCAGAUCCCCCGCAACCUGGAUGAGAAGGACCUCCGGCCACUCUUCGAGGAGUUCGGCAAGAUCUACGAGCUCACUGUGCUGAAGGACCGCUUCACAGGCAUGCACAAAGGCUGUGCCUUCCUCACCUACUGUGCCAGAGAGUCGGCCCUGAAAGCCCAGAAUGCAUUGCACGAGCAGAAGACCCUGCCAGGGAUGAACAGACCGAUCCAGGUGAAGCCAGCAGACAGCGAGAGUCGAGGAGAAGACAGAAAGCUCUUUGUCGGCAUGCUCAACAAGCAGCAGUCAGAAGAUGACGUGCGGCGCCUUUUCGAGUCCUUCGGCAGCAUCGAGGAAUGCACCAUCCUCAGAGGUCCUGACGGAAACAGCAAAGGCUGUGCAUUUGUAAAAUACUCAUCUCAUGCUGAAGCUCAGGCAGCCAUCAGUGCACUACACGGCAGCCAGACAAUGCCUGGUGCCUCAUCCAGUCUGGUGGUCAAGUUCGCCGACACGGAUAAGGAGCGCACCAUCCGCCGCAUGCAGCAGAUGGCCGGUCAGAUGGGCAUCUUCAACCCCAUGGCCUUGCAGUUUGGAGCCUACGGAGCCUACGCUCAGGUUCAGCAGCAGGCGGCGCUUAUGGCGUCUGUAGGACAGGGAGGCUACCUCAGUCCAAUGGCGGCCUUUGCCGCAGCCCAGAUGCAGCACAUGGCCACCAUCAAUGGUAUCCCAGGGGCACCGAUGACACCAACGUCAGGUGGCAGUACUCCUCCAGGCAUCAGCGCCCCCACAGUGACCAGCAUCCCCUCCCCCAUUAGUGUGAACGGUUUUACUGGCAUGCCACCCCCGCAGGCAAAUGGGCAGCCGCCUGCAGAGGCUGUCUUCACCAACGGGAUACAUCAUUACCCUGUGUUGCAGGAGGUGGUUUUUAGAGAGGACUCGGAGAAAAACGGCUUGGGCGUGGCUCCGCGGAGUUGUUUUGGGGUUCAGGGUGGCUGCUUCCUGUCCUCUCUCUCUGAAGCUCAAAGUCCCACUGCAGCUGAUCCUCUCCAGCAGGCUUACACAGGAGUCCAGCAGUAUGCAGCAGCCUACCCCGCUGCAUACGGCCAGAUCAGCCAAGCCUUCCCCCACCCUCCACCUAUCAUUCCACAGCAGCAACGAGAAGGACCAGAGGGUUGCAACCUGUUCAUCUACCACCUCCCUCAGGAGUUUGGGGAUGGAGAGCUGAUGCAGAUGUUCCUGCCUUUCGGUAAUGUCAUCUCCUCCAAAGUGUUUGUGGAUCGGGCGACAAACCAAAGUAAAUGCUUUGGGUUUGUGAGCUUCGACAACCCAGGUAGCGCCCAAGCCGCUAUCCAAUCAAUGAACGGCUUCCAGAUCGGCAUGAAAAGACUCAAGGUGCAGCUGAAGAGGCCAAAGGACGCCAACCGCCCCUACUAGCCCCCACCCCUGCCAGCCGCCGCCAAUCUGGUCGGCCGGGGGCAGCCGUCUAACACCAGGGAAAGACAGGUUUUGUUGAGCUGAAUCAUAUGUUGACUUCUUGCUACCCACCACUGAGUGCAAACUCAACAUCUGGACCACUGAGGCUGCUUCACAAACAGAGGAGAGAGAGAGAGAGAGAGAAUGAUGGACGAGUCAAGGACACCUCCUUUUGGAUGUACUAAAACUUUGGAACUCAGAGAGAAUUUGUACCAGCCUGGUUAACCCCAGGACCUUUUUUCUUCUGCACACAUAUACACUCUUUCCUGUUUCCCCACAAAAUCCUGCUUGAAUGACAGCUACCUUUUCUGGACCACAAAAACUUUUACUUGAACAUUAAGAGAAAAAAAAAAAGUAAAAGAAAGUAUGUCAAACCUAACUACAAUGACCAACCCCACUGAACUCCUAAAGGGAAUAUGGAUGUCAAAAAUCUGACAAGAACAAUACUUUUUAAAAACUGACUAGAGGAUUGCCGUAGGAGAUCUUUCUGUAAGAUGGUUUGAGUUUGGACAGUUGAAGUUUGAAGACCAAUUUAUACGACUUGAAACAAGAAAGGACAAGACAUUCUCGGAGAGAGAACUUAAGUAGGGAAUGUGAUAUUUUCAGGACACAAAUUGGCUUCAAUUUGGGACGGCCAUCUUUAGCUCGGAGUGCCUGUCCGUUUCCAGGGGAUACCGUUGCCAAGGAGAGCCAUAGCAACGGUCUCCAGGGAGUCUUACCUGUCAUUCCUUAGUUGUUUUAGGGACCAAAAGACCAAACGUUUUUAUUGCUGAGGACUUGUAGCUCUAAUAUACUCGGACCACUGCAUCUCUUUCAGUCAGAGGUAACUGGUUGAGGAGUUGCACUUAAAAGAAGUGUACAUUUCGAAUAUAUACAACACAUGUACAUGUACAUAUAUAUUGCUGAUAUGCUUUUUGAAUACAGGCAAAACUAUUUCAGAUGACCAUAUGGGGUCUCUCACUUCGCUAGUUUACAAUUACUCAAAAAUGUUUAUUUUUUUCUCUUCUCAUUUUGUCUUGGGAGGGAUGGCGAGUGCAUGGGAGGGGCUGCUCCGUAUCACAGCCUUAUCUUUUUUAACUUGACAUCCUAACCUCAUAGAUAGAAAAACAUCAGAAACGUUUGAAAUAUAUGAACUUGUUUAUAUUUGCAGUACAUAUAUAUGUAUAACAAGCAUUCAAGCAAAUGUAUUCAUAUAUACAGUAUAUAUGGAUAAAUAGAUAUUAAUCACAAACAAAUAUAUGUAUUUAUAUGCACAUAUUUUAUAUGUGUGUCUGUAUAUAGAACAGCUACUGACUAUGUUGAGCUGUAAUUUUUGUAGAUUUUAGCUGGAGUUUGAAAAUUUGCUCUGCUUGGGAAGAAUUGCAAAUCUGGCAGCUCCCAAAACUGCAGGCAUUCCUCUCUCUGAUUACCUAUAUGCUGAAACACAAUAUAUUGCUAAAAGAUUCAUGUGUGACAAAACACAUAUGGUGUAAAUAUUAUCUGAAAAUGCAAAAAGCCACAUCUCAGUAGCAGGCUUUAAGAGAAUCAGGCUACAUGAUUUUAGAGAAAAAGGACAAUUAUCUUCGACUCUAUUCCAAACAUAUCUUUUGAACUUACACACACAUGCACACGCACACGCACACACACAAACUUCUCUUUGAAACUUGAACCAAAAUGAAUCAGUCUCACAACCCUUGCUCUCUUUUGCAUAAAGUGCAUGUAGCGUAUGGGCUGUCACCAUGUCAAGGUGUGCCUUGUCACCUGCAGAAUCUGCCAUCAAGCACUGUGCUCUCAGAAAACAAAGAAAAAAAACUAAAUACACACUUCUGCAAGCAGCCAACGCGCUAUUAUGAUGUCAAAACUACAGCCAGAUCAUCAUAUCAUUUCUCAGCCAUGUAGAGAGUUCAGUGCAUGUCCAAUAAAACAACCCAUCAGACCUCUGCUGGUCCAUCAAUAUCAUUAAAAAAAAUGCUUUUAGCUAUAAUGGUCUCAUAUGGUAACACUUCAAAUUACAUUUCAGAUAAAAGUGGGCAUUAGGGUAACCUGGAAGCAGGUACUAACCAAUCUGUGUGCAGGGCACCUGUGACUACCGCUUGGAGUUAAAACUGGGGUAAAGUUCAGGGCUGACAUGAUGUGACUCACUAAGAGGACUUAUUGAGCUAACUGGACCUGACAUUAGGUUUUAAUGGUUAUGAAGGAGAUGUAAUAUUGAUGAAUAUGUUAUAAUGAGAGAGCAGGCUUCCUGUUGAGCUGAAUAAGGAAGGUUUUAUGUACUUUACAAUUCCGCAGUUAAUGUGUGAAUCUCCACUGGUAAUACUUGACAUGAAGCAUGUCCUCUAGAUGUUAUAUUGCCUUAUGUUAAAUGUGCUCAUACAAUUAAAUAUACACAUUAAAGUCAAAUGAAACUGUAAAAUGAAGCAAUAAGUCUGAAAAGCCAUUUAUCCACUUCUGUGUCACUGAGGCUGCUUUCAUAUUGCUUUAGCAUACAGUUUCUCAUAACAGUCUACAAAAAAAGGUAUGAACACCUACUAUACACCUGCAAAAGGUCAACAGACUUGGAUUUAUUGGACUCUGCAUUUAACACAUUUUCAGCUGCUGGAGAUUGCACAAUGAAUAUUUAUGUAUAUGAAUAUUUAUGAGGCUAUAUGACACUUUGGAAGACAAUGCUUCCUGUUGGGUGCUGUUACUGGUUUUUCCUAUAAACUGCUCAUUAUGCUGUUUCCCUAGCGUCUGUGUCUAACCUUUUUAGCAGAUUGAAUAAUUUAACAUUUACCUUCCAAAUCCAGUGAGGCUAAAAGAUGCCACGGCACAUCCCAGGACACCGCUGCGUGUGUGUGUGUUUUUCACAGUGCCCUGAUUAUGGCGUACAGUGCAAACCGGAUGACCACCAUGCUCUGACAGAGUCCGAGGUUGGUUGGUACAUCCAGCCUCUAAGCUAACAAUACGAUCUGAAGAUAAAUGUCAUAUGUCUGGUGUCCCUGAUUUCUGCACUGUGUGCCCUCUUUUACACCCCAACCCACCAUCACCAUCACCACGCUCUGAGAAAAUUGAAAAAGGUGUCGCCACAGUAUGUGCUUUUCUAAUGGUUUGUCUGGGCAAUCACUCAUGUCCUUCACCCGGCCCAUGUUUUCAUAUCGAGUGAACGGAGGGAGGGGAAGCGUUUGGCCACCACGGAACUAGAAAGCACCUCUUUUUUCAUCCGCUCCAACUUAAAGCUGCAAGUUUACAUGAGAAAAGAAAAACAAAGAAAAGUGGUUCAAAAACAGGAACAAACAGAGCAGAAGUUUGAAUAUAAAUAUAUAUAUAUAAAUAUAUACAUAAACCGAUGAAUAUACUGUAAAUGUUUCUUUUUUUGCUCUGUUUUCCUCUGUACAUAGGUUUGCAUAUUUUAUAGGACUUUUACUUCUAUCUACAAGGACUGGAUAAAGUACUUUAAAUACUUUAAAAAAAAUAUAUGAAUGAAAACAUGAUAAUGCUCAAUAAAACCAGGUACAAAAAAAAUAGUUGCUAGGAUACGGUACAAACUGUAGGACCUGACCAAGGCAUUUAUCCAGAAUACAGUCAGGGAGAGCAUUGACCUCAGUUAGAGCUUAGACACACAUUGACCUAUUUUAUAAAAAAAAAAAAUACUUUGAUGGGUUCUAUUCAUUUCUCGAUUUGUUAGAUAUUUAUUUAUAAGUCAUGUCUGAGAUAAUAUGCAUGCUUUCAUGGCAUUAUUUUUCUAUGAGUUGGUACGUGACCAAAUAGUUUUUAUAUGACAUGCAUGGGCCACUGUUGUGGUCCACAGAUGAUCAUUGUUCCUGUCUGCAGGACCAUGCCUUCAGCACUGCUUUGAUGAUGGAGAAAAAGAUUUCUCCUAUUGACCAAGUGAUAUCAAAGACAGUUUUAUUUUUAUCAUUUAUUUAUCUGUUUAUUUAUUUAUGUUUAUGUAUUAAUUUAUUUGUGCUGUUUGAUUCAAGAUCUGAGCUCAAUUAUUGCCACUGAUCUGUUUGCUUGUGAAGUGCUACUUCUUAUCACUGCAUCACAUGAAGAUGGAGGAACUGAUUAUAUCGACUUACAAUGACCUGUAGUGCUGAUAAACACUUGAAAACAAUGCAGUACAAAACUAAAGCCUUAUGUAUAUUUGUAAUUAUCAAUUCAAACCUUUCAGUUCCAAAAAGUUGGAUUUAUUUUGAGUAACAUUUGCCAGCAUUCUGAAACCUUGAGACCAAGAGGGGGAAUCAAUUCACAACUCAAAGAGAUGUCUUCAUAACAAAACAUAUAACCUUUAGGUCUUUUUCAUUUAACCGCCUGAUGAAUUGCUGUUCAACAAUUAGAAACUCAAUCUUAAUUAUUAAAAACGUUAAUCCCUUCUCAUAUCUUCCUUAUGCUGCUUGUUUUCUCAGAGCUCUGAUCUUGUUCAACUGAUGUGUUCUACCAAGAGCAAGAUUCAAUGAAAACUGCACUAUCUCAUCAAAAAGUAUUGAAUUACUACCAUUUUUUUUUUUUUGCUGUUAUUAGUGAUUUUAUUUUUUAAAGAUCAGUAGAGUUACUACACUCACAUUUUACUUCAUAUGGUUUUCAAAGUAUUCUGGAAAUCUAUUUCCCAAAUUCAGCACAUAUGGAGGGUGGGGAAAUGAAUGUUGCAUAUUAAGCUUUGCCAGGUUCCUGAUGAGCUCAGCUUCAGAUUGGGCAGCGCGCUUUAGGCUCCCGCCCCUUUCUCUCCAGACUGCACCAUUCUCUGGUCCCUGAACUCUUUUUUUGUAAUUUUAAAUGAAUGAUGCGUCUCAGCUUAGCCCAAUAUUAAAGCACAGUCUAGAAUAAA